AUGUUCAGCUCUGCAGACAUGGUCUUUUCAUUGGAUAAUUUAUUUUAUGAAACACCAGAUACAAGACAAAGGUAUCUAGAAAAUGAAAAGCCUAAGAUUUGUUGUAUUGCACCUGCUCCAGCUCUUGCUGAAAUUCCAGCUGCAGAGGAUUUACAGAAGGAACUGGAAGAAAACACAGACAACACUCAUAUGGGAGGGAGAAAGUUUAUACAACAAUGUAAGAGUAGCACUGAGGAAGUAAAUGGUAAAUCAUCAGCACGUGUUCAUUUUGGCAUAGCUUCUGAAAAAGUUCUCCCAUUAAGUGUAGGAGAAAGAGAGAUUAGUUUUCAGCGUAGAAGUCUGAAAAUAGUUUCAUUGUUUCUCUCUUCUGAUCAAGAUAAAUCUAAAACUGGAACAAGGAUUUCUCAGCAACUUGGUGCAAAUUUUUGUCAAAAUAAAAUAUUAAGUACUUUUCCAGAAAACAGUGAUGAUGAGGGUGUUCAUUCAGCAUUAAGAAAAAGCUUAUUUAAAAUGUCUGGUUAUAUGUAUAAAAAUACAGAAUUUAAAGAUAGUUCUAUGUAUGUGAAAGAAAUGGAUACUUACUUAAAUACAAGUGAAAACAUGAAAGAAGUGGGAAAAGAAGGUUUAUGGAGAAAUAAUCAUCAUGCUCCAGUAACUAAAGGCUCAGAUUUUACUCUGCAUAGAUUAAAUGAUGAGGACAUUGCAUCUAAAAAUGGAAUGAAAAUUAAAUCAUUUUCUAAUGCUUCAGAGAUUCUGGAUAUGACAGGAGCUACAGGAAGAAAAUUGGAAAUUUUGAGGGCUGUUACAGAAAUACCGACCCAAUUUAGAAGUAUUUUUAAGGAGUUCCCAUAUUUUAACUAUGCACAGUCUAAAGCUUUGGAUGAUCUUCUUUAUACAGAUAGGAAUUUCGUGAUUUCUGCUCCGACUGGUUCUGGAAAAACUGUAAUGUUUGAGCUAGCUAUUACCAGAUUACUCAUGGAAGCCCCACUGCCUUGGUUAAAUAUUAAAGUUGUUUACAUGGCUCCAAUAAAAGCUCUAUGCAGUCAGCGUUUUGAUGAUUGGAAAGAAAAAUUUGGACCUAUAGGACUCAGCUGCAAGGAACUGACAGGAGAUACAGUGAUGGAUGAUUUAUUUGAAAUACAUCACGCACACAUUAUUAUCACUACACCUGAAAAAUGGGAUAGCAUGACUAGGAGGUGGAGAGACAACUCUGUAGUCCAGCUUGUACGACUGUUUCUCAUUGACGAGGUGCAUGUUAUAAAGGAUGAAAGCCGUGGUGCAACGUUAGAAGUUGUAGUUAGUCGGAUGAAGACUGUUCAGUCUUCUCUUUGGCGGCAUUUAGAGAAUCAUGACACUGUUCCUCCCUUGAGAUUUGUAGCUGUUUCUGCAACAAUUCCAAAUGCUGAAGAUAUUGCAGAAUGGCUUUCAGAUAGUAAAAUGUCUGCAGUAUGUCUGAAAAUAGACGAGGAUCAACGACCAGUGAAGCUACGCAAAAUUGUUCUUGGUUUUCCUUGCAGCGACAGUCAGACAGAAUUCAAAUUUGACUUGACCCUUAACUACAAGAUAGCUAGUAUUAUACAAACAUACUCGGAACAAAAACCAGCACUUGUGUUUUGUGCCACAAGAAAAGGAGUACAGCAGGCUGCUUCUAUUCUUGCAAAGGAUGCUAAAUUUCUACUGAGUAUAGAACAGAAACAAAGGUUACAGAAGUCUGCAAAUUCAUUAAAAGAUGCCAAACUGAGAGAUCUUUUAAUGUAUGGUGUGGCUUAUCAUCAUGCGGGUAUGGAGGUAGCUGACAGAAAAAUAAUUGAAGGAGCUUUUACUGUAGGAGACUUACCAGUGCUUUUUACUACUAGCACCUUAGCUAUGGGAGUCAAUCUACCUGCACAUCUGGUGGUUAUAAAAUCCACAAUGCACUAUGUUGGAGGAAUGUUCCAAGAGUACAGUGAAACUGAUAUUCUGCAAAUGAUUGGGAGAGCAGGAAGGCCUCAAUUUGACACUACAGCUACAGCAGUUAUUAUGACUCGUUGGAGUACAAAGGAGAAGUACAUACAGAUGUUAAAUGGUGCUGAUGUAAUUGAGAGCAGCUUGCACAGGCAUCUUGUUGAGCACUUAAAUGCAGAAAUAGUGCUACAUACUGUCACAGAUGUCACUGUAGCUUUGGAAUGGAUACGAUCAACGUUCUUGUACAUUAGAGCCUUAAAAAAUCCAACUCAUUAUGGUUUUUCAUCUGGAUUGGAUAAAACUGGAAUUGAAGCAAAAUUACAAG